UGUUUUUAUUGGUUGCAAAUCAUAAAGGCAGAGCUGCUGAUAAACCAACCUACCCCCUACCCCCCCCCCUCUCUCUCCGGGUUUCUUCCUUGAAGAUCAAUAUGCUGAUUUCCACCAGCAGCCCCGGAGAGCACUUAGUCAGCCGGGUUCUGCCAGCCUCUGCCUGCUGCUUCAUCUCUCGUAGAGAGUUGCAGCAGGGAGAGGCUGGCCCCGGACUUCCACAUGCACUUCGCUCUCCGAGCACAUUAACUGGCUCACGAAGUCAUGAGCGUGAGCAGCAGCACCACCACCUGACCGCCAUUCUGCACCCCGAAACUUUCCGUUUUCCUGCCCGCCGUUCUCUCGGACUUCCUUUUGAUCCCCUCCGCCACCGGAGUGGAUGUGGUGCUAGCGGUGGAGGUAGAGCAGGAGGAGGAAGGGCGGGAGUGGGGGUGGGGGAGAAGAGCUACGAGGGCUGCUUGAGAUUUACAAUCUGCCUUCACGAUCUCGGGACCUCAGGGUUGGAAAGAAGAGUUCCACCAUGGGCUGCAAGUGAAAGGAACUUGGGCUUACUCGGGGCUUUGGCAGAAGUUGAGACUUUCCUCGGGGGCUUCCUGGAGGGCGAGCCGGGCCUUUCUACACGCGGAGGGAGAUUUCUCCACUGUUGAAUGUAAAGAUCUCCAUGGUAACUCAAACCCCCAGCCUCUUUGUAGCAGCUUGCAAGAAGCAGUUUUCAACAGCUCAAAGGUCUCACGGCCAGAGCGUGGAUCACACUUCUUGCAAGCCUCAUUGUAUUGAGGUGGGGCUAAGAUGAGCAUAACCAGCGAUGAAGUGAAUUUCUUGGUUUAUCGUUACCUCCAGGAGUCAGGUUUUUCCCAUUCCGCCUUUACAUUUGGAAUAGAGAGUCAUAUUAGCCAAUCCAAUAUCAAUGGAACACUAGUGCCACCUGCUGCCCUUAUCUCUAUACUUCAGAAAGGCCUACAGUAUGUGGAAGCAGAGAUAAGCAUCAAUGAGGAUGGUACAGUGUUUGAUGGCAGACCUAUAGAGUCAUUAUCUUUGAUAGAUGCAGUAAUGCCUGAUGUAGUGCAAACUCGGCAGCAGGCUUUCAGGGAGAAAUUAGCACAGCAGCAAGCUAGUGCAGCAACAGUUGUAGCUACAACAGCAACAGCAACAGCAACAGCAGUCACAACUACUACAACAGUCACAACAACAACUAUUGCUGUCCCACAGCAAAAUACACCAAAGACCGGAGAAGCCACUGUGAAUGGAGAGGAGAAUGGGGCCCAUGCAAUAAAUAAUCACUCAAAACCAAUGGAAAUCGAUGGGGAUGUUGAAAUUCCUUCUAAUAAAGCAACAGUUCUUAGGGGUCAUGAAUCAGAAGUGUUCAUCUGUGCCUGGAAUCCUGUCAGUGAUCUACUAGCAUCAGGAUCUGGUGAUUCCACUGCCAGAAUAUGGAAUCUUAAUGAAAACAACAAUGGUCCUUCCACACAACUAGUUUUGAGGCACUGUAUAAGAGAAGGAGGGCAUGAUGUUCCCAGCAAUAAGGAUGUGACAUCACUAGACUGGAAUAGUGAUGGAACACUUUUAGCUACUGGGUCAUAUGAUGGCUUCGCAAGAAUAUGGACAGAAGUUGGAAAUCUUGCAAGCACUUUAGGGCAACAUAAAGGGCCCAUCUUUGCUCUGAAGUGGAACAAAAAGGGCAAUUACAUUUUAAGUGCAGGCGUUGAUAAAACAACAAUAAUUUGGGAUGCUCAUACAGGUGAAGCUAAACAACAGUUUCCUUUCCACUCAGCCCCAGCCCUGGACGUAGAUUGGCAGAACAAUACUACUUUUGCAUCAUGCAGCACUGAUAUGUGCAUACAUGUAUGCAGACUUGGCUGCGAUCGUCCAGUCAAAACCUUUCAAGGCCACACGAAUGAGGUCAAUGCAAUUAAAUGGGAUCCUUCUGGUAUGCUUCUAGCAUCCUGCUCAGAUGAUAUGACGUUAAAGAUUUGGAAUAUGAAGCAGGACACUUGUGUACAUGACCUUCAAGCACAUAACAAAGAGAUUUAUACUAUCAAAUGGAGUCCAACAGGACCAGGUACCAGCAACCCAAACUGCAACAUUAUGCUGGCAAGUGCUUCAUUUGAUUCUACUGUUCGGUUGUGGGAUGUAGAAAAAGGAAUCUGCACUCACACGUUAACAAAACAUCAAGAACCUGUCUACAGUGUAGCUUUUAGUCCUGAUGGAAAAUAUUUAGCAAGUGGAUCCUUCGACAAAUGUGUUCAUAUAUGGAAUACCCAGAGUGGGACUCUAGUACAUAGCUACAGAGGUACCGGUGGAAUAUUUGAAGUCUGCUGGAAUGCUAGAGGAGACAAAGUCGGAGCCAGUGCUUCAGAUGGAUCGGUGUGUGUUCUAGACCUGCGAAAGUAAAUAUUUUAGAAGAAACUGCAAAUGGACCAGCAUUGAAUGUAGAGGUAGAAGCACUCUUCAAACGUACUUUUAACCUCUCUGGAAUGGCAAAAACUGGGGGAAAUAAACAGAAGUAGAACUAAACAAAUAAUGCAUUUCUCCCAGGCAAAAGGAGCUUGCAAUGUUUUGUCCAUCAACCUUCAUCAAGGUUUUAAAACAAAAUCACUUGGGGAGGGGGGAAUUUUUCCACUAUGAGCCUACAGCCUUUGGAGGCAAGCAAGAAGGUGGCCAUCAACAGCUAAACCUGCUGUUUGCUGGGGUCAGAUCUCUGAGGCCUCAUUUUGACAGCUGCUAAAAAGAAGAGGAAAAGCUGUGCCAAAAACAAUAACAAUUAAAAGGAAAACAAAAUCUAUGAAGCAAAAUGCUUUGAUAAACCAAAAUGGGAAAAAAUUCUCCUCCAUGUGGUAUUGCAUUGUUUUUCUUUCUAGUUUGGACACUACAAUUGCUCUCCCAAAGGACAUUCAAAAACCAGUUUGUAUUGAUGAUACACUCAAAUUUGUAAUCCCAACACUUUGUAUUUUCUAGACUACUGUUAUUUGUUCAGUGAUUUUUUUCUUAUCAGCUGGAAUGUUACAGCCUUGACAAUAAUAGGCAUAGGUUCAAAUUGAAUGUCUCUCUCUCUCUCUCUCUCUCUCUUCUUCUCCUUCUCCUCCUCC